GUCUUUAAAAGAGGACACUGAAGUAGUUUGGAAGGUUAUUCCACAGUUGUGAAGCCCCUUACGGCAAAUGUCCUCCUACCCUCCGUCUCCAGCCGGGGCCCUCGGGGUCCCGAGAGCAACAGCUGGUCUGCAGAUCCGAGAGAACGAGCAGGGGUGUAAAGGGGUGAGAAGGUCGACGGUGUAAGACGCCGCUCGGCGAUUUAAAAACAAGCUGUAAAAUUUUAAAAUCAAUCCUGAACACCGUGGGUCACCAGUGGGGGAAAUGUGCUCAUAUUUUCUCGUAUUUGUAAGAACCUUUAGCUGAUGUAUUUUGUACAAGCCGGAGGCGGUUGAUUGAUUUCUGGGGCAGCCCCGGCAAAUAAUGAGUUACAGUAAAAUAGAUGGACAGAGACAAAAGCAUGAAUGAGAGUUUGUGUGUCGCUGAAUGAAAGAAACCAGAGAAAAUCAGACUUAGAGCCCCCAGAACCAGGACCACCCACGACCCCCCAGGCAGGCAACAGCCAACAAGGUCAACAAGGUCAGUAAAAGUCUGUAAACACUUCACUUCACCUCCAUAUCUGUCUAAUUCAUAUUAUGUAUGCUGUGUCUUUGUCUGUCCUGCACUGUGUAGCUAUAUAUAGAUUUUAUUUAUAGUUAACUGCACACACAGUAUAUACCCUGUUAAUACGCACACAUAGUUUAUUUACACUCUAUCUAUAUUUAUAUCUACACUGGUAUUCACACCUCUAUUUCUAUUCUGCUUUUCUGCACACACGCAGCUUUUAUCACGUCAAUUGUUCAUGUUUAUUGCUUUUUCUGUUGAAAUCUGAACCACAUUGACUUCUUUCUAUUUGCUACUCGGCCGAUAAAUCGGAUCCUGAUCGCUGAGCCCUGAAAUAGAUGCGGGUUUUAUUUCGAAAACAGUGACCGGAGGUGUCGUCAUGUGUAUCAUAUGUAGCUUGACAGUGGUGUAAAGGCGAUGCAGGGGACGUAAAGGCCGCCAGGGAAGGAUACCGCCAGCCCGGAAUAAUGGUGAACAAUUAUUGGAUAAAACCGAUGUUGAAGAAAGUAAAUACUUGCUCUGUGGACCGGACCGUGUGUGUUUGGAGUCAGCCGGCUCAGAUAUCCUCAUCUCCGGUCACAGGACGACUUGCUAGCCCGCAGUCCUUCCCAAAACCACCGCUCCAAAAUCACGGAGCUCAUCUGCUGCUGCUUUUUUAAUAGCGUUACGAAAGCCUGCCCGAGCAGACCUGACCCUGAGUGUGAAUUUUUUUUUUUUUUUUUUUUUUGCUUUCAUGAAAGUAACCUGCUUAGUCCUCCACUUGCGGAUCUAGACCGCUAGGAUCCAGCUAGCAUCCCUCCGGAGCCGGAUGGACGGAGGCGCGGCUGUCGCUCAGCAUCCCUGCAGCCCGGGACGCGUCCGAUCCUCCGCCGCCGCCGCCGCCUCUUCUGCCGCCGCCGCCGCCGCCGCCGCUGCUGCUGCUGCGCCGCAAUGCUAACCAACGAGGAAGCGGCUUCAACAUGACGAGCAACAUUUUGUCUGCCAGCCUCUCAUGGGGUCCAGGUGCCACACUGACAUUAGUCUAGAUGCCACAUGUAACGAUAAUCCCGAGCUCGCAGCAGCAUGUCUGUGGCUGGCCGCGUCUGCCUGCAGCCCUGCGGAUGACACCGACACCGGCACCGGCGGUUCACAGCGAGCAGCAGCGGCGGCGCGGACUCACCGACGCCGGGUCGUGCUGAGAGACUUCACCUGCUAGCGGCGAGCUAGGCGGCUAACAGCACAACAUAAAAACUCUGAAUACACACCAACACCAAUGGUAUCCCACACGGUUUUAGUCGCAAUAAUCUUAUUAAACGUGUAUAUAGGCGUCCAGUCUGUUUUUUACUUAUUUGGCGGCGUCCUUUUAACCGUCUUGUUUGCUAUGGCAUUUUUAAAUGGACCCAGGCUGCUGGACUGGGCGAGUUCACCUCCACAUCUUCAGUUUAACAAAUACGUCUUAACGGGAUACCGGCCAAUCUCCUCCGUGCAAGACUGCAUCAGGAGCCUGUUUUACCUGCACAAUGAACUCGGGAACAUAUACACUCACGGCAUCCCUUUGGUUUGCUUCCUGGUGCUGCUGCCUCUCAACAUCCCCUGGUCUCAGAUCAGCGUCACGUGGUUGGGCGUGGUGCACUUCCUGGCCUGCCUGUCGCCCCAGCUGGGCUCCGUGCUUUAUCACCUCUUCAUGAACCACGAGGGAGGGGAGCCCGUCUACCACACCCUCCUCAAACUCGACGUGUGUGGGAUCUGCAUGAUCAACACGCUGGGGGCGCUGCCCAUCGUCUACAGCACGCUACUGUGCUACCCGUUCAUCCGCACCGUGGCCCUGUUAGUCUACAUCCUGCUGUCCAGCCACGCCAUCUACUGCGCCGUCACGGCACGGAGCAGCGUUCGCCGGCUGCGCUCCUUCGCCUGGCAGGCGCUGUUCCGCUUCUCCUUCUUCCUGCUGCGCUGGGUGGGCGUGGGCGGCGGCAGCCCCACGUCGCUACGCCACUUCCUCACCAUGGACGCGCUGGCCGUGCUGGGCGGGGUCAUCAACAUCACACGCAUCCCGGAGCGCUUUCGCCCGGGCCUCUUUGACUACUGGUGCAACAGCCACCAGAUCAUGCAUGUACUGGUGGUGGGAUCCAUCCUCUACCUGCACUGGGGUGUACUGGACGACCUGCUGUGGAUCAACAGCUACAACUGUCCCUCAGACUGACCCCCCCCU